UGCCGUGGGAAUGGGGCGAGUGUGGGUGAAAGGGCAGCUGAGCUCCUCGCCCUUUCGGGCAAGCUUUGGAGUAGACUGGGUGACUCAGAUACCCUUUGCGAGAAGCCUUCUAAGGGAGAGGGCACAGAGAAAGCUGAGACCUGAAGAUGGAGUAGUAACAAAGGCGUCCCCCAUGAUUCGGAGCACCUUUUGCCGAGGACUCCAGCCCCAGCCGGAGGCUGCAUGUGGGGUGGAAGAAACUGAUCUGCUUUCCUGAGAGCCCCUUCUCUCCUAAUUCAUGAGCCAGCAGGAUGCGGUCGCUGCGCUUUCCGAACGCCUGCUCAUAGCUGCGUACAAAGGCCAGGCAGAGAAUGUGGUUCAGCUCAUCAACAAGGGUGCCAAGGUAGCGGUUACCAAGCAUGGCCGGACCCCCUUGCACCUGGCUGCCAAUAAGGGUCAUCUUUCUGUGGUGCAGAUUUUGCUGAAGGCUGGUUGCGACCUCGAUGUGCAAGAUGAUGGGGACCAGACAGCCUUGCACAGGGCCACUGUGGUGGGGAACACCGAGAUCCUCACAGCGCUUAUCCGGGAGGGAUGUGCCCUGGACAGACAGGACAAGGAUGGGAAUACCGCCCUGCAUGAAGCCGCCUGGCACGGAUUCAGCCAGUCAGCCAAGCUGCUCGUUAAAGCCGGAGCCAACGUGCUGGCCAGAAACAAGGCAGGGAACACGGCUCUGCACCUGGCCUGCCAGAACAGUCACUCCCAGAGCACACGCGUCCUCCUGCUGGGCGGUUCCCGCGCUGACCUCAAAAACAAUGCGGGGGACACCUGUUUGCAUGUGGCUGCGCGGUAUAACCACUUGUCUGUCAUUAGACUCCUCCUCAGUGCUUUCUGCUCUGUUCAUGAAAAGAACCAGGCUGGAGACACGGCCCUCCAUGUGGCUGCUGCCCUAAACCACAAGAAGGUUGUUAAAAUCCUGCUGGAAGCGGGUGCUGACACAAACAUUGUGAACAAUGCAGGCCAGACCCCGCUGGAGACUGCCCGCUACCACGACAAUCCCGAAGUUGCACUUCUCCUCACCAAGGCUCCCCAGAUCUUGCGCUUCAGUCGCGGGAGAAGCCUGAGGAAAAAGAGAGAGAAGCUCAAGGGAGAGCGGAGGGCCCAGUCUGUGCCCAGAGAUGAGGUGGCGCAGAGCAAGGGAAGUGUCUCAGCAGGAGAUACCCCCAGCAGUGAACAAGCUGUACCCCAAAAAGAGGAAGCUAGAAGAGAUUGCCCACCAGCUUCCCAGGAGCCUAGAAAAGAUGAAAGGAGGAGAAAGUCAAGGCCAGAGGUGUCGGCACUAUCUGACCCCACCCCAGCAGCAGACCAGCAGCCUGGACACCAAAAGAACCUGCACAGUCAUCACCACCCCAAAAAGAAGAGCCGACAUCGCUGUUGGUCCCCACCUCCGCCCCACGGGUUCAGGGCGUACCAGCUUUACACGCUGUACCGGGGCGAGGACGGGAAAGUGAUGCAGGCACCGAUCAAAGGUUGUCGCUGCGAACCUCUCAUCCACAAGCUGGACAACCAGCUGGAGGCGACUGUGGAGGAGCUGAGGGCCGAGCUGGGGGCCAUGCAGGACAAAGUGAACGCGAAGCUAGGCCAGAUGGAGAGCAGGACCCAGCACCAGAUGUGCGUUUUGGACAAACUGAUGGCAGAGCGUCUGUCCGCCGAGAGAACAGAAUGCAUGAAUCGCCUGCGACAGCACGCGGCUGCUGAGAAGCAGGAGGGAGAGAAACGUCAGAUGUCUUUGGUGGAUGAACUAAAAGCCUGGUGCAUGCUGAAGAUCCAGAAUCUGGAGCUGAGACUUUCUGGAGAGUCUCGGACCUUCAGAGCUAAAUCCACACCAUCUCCCUCUGACUCCUCUCCAGCUGUAGACCAACCAGCGGCAGCUGCAGGGCCAGGAGCAGCUCCUGACAGCUCCUCUCAGGUUGUGAGGCCCAAGGACAAGGCACUCAGUGCCACUGCUGCCCACAGAAACCAGCAGGAGCUGCUUCCAUCUGACUGCUCAGGCUCUGGGCCAAGGAAGGUCAAGGCUCCGGGCACUUCCCGGUGUGACCAGCAGACUGGAUCCUGUGUCAACCGAGGCACUCAGACCAAGAAGUUGGGGAGAAGCGGGCAGACCAGGCAUCGAGGCCAGCAGCCGCUAGCCAGCAGCCCCAGUGGGCAGCCGCCAGCAGCAGGCGACGAUACCCGAGACGCUUCGCAAGCCCUCGAGCUGACCCAGUAUUUUUUUGAGGCCGUUUCUGCACAGAUGGAAAAGUGGUAUGAACGGAAAAUUGAAGAAGCACGAAGCCAAGCCAGUCAGAGAGCUCAGCAAGAUGAGGCCACACUGAAGGAACACAUCAGAAGUCUGGAAGAGGAGCUUGCCAAGCUGCGGACAAAGGUGCAGAAGUGAGACCCAGACCCUGGGGUGGACCCCACAGGGCUUCUGGCUUGAUAACAGCAAAGUUACUGUGUCCCAGGAGUUGGUUGUCAUGCAAGGUGGACUUGCCUUUAAGUCACGAAUUUGUUGUGGACACAUACUUCCUGUGCUCUGAAGUUACAAGGCCUUCUUCACUGGUUAAAAUGAAUCCUGGGGAGAUGUUCACAAAAAGCAAGCCACACCAAGAUGAGAAGGUGUACCCAAGUCUGCGAUUCAGUGAUAUGGAUUAUGUGGGAAGCAGAGCCGAUUACUGUGGGAAGGCCAGUAGUCAUGGCGACACUGCUGUGCCUGCACAGUCCUCCUAGCAGAGACUCAGAUGCCGGGAGCCCCUUUUCUCCCCUCUAAGUCAAGAUGCUGAUAGGGGUGAAAGCCUUUCAGAUCCUGAGGAAAGAUCUCUGUGUCUAAUAUGUCUUAAACUAAUUUUAAGGGUCACGUAAAUAAGGAGUAAUUGCUGACUGUCAAGUGAGAAAAGUUUAAACCAGUGGUCAGUUACUGUGGUUUUAGCCAAAUAACUGAACCGAUUAAUGGAAAAACAUUCACCAGACAACUCCAGCCAGAUACCUUAGAUUACCUUUCUAAAGUCAAGACUCUGGUUCUGUUUUGUAAAGAAAUAAGGCAGUAUCACGAAAGUUUAAUUUUGAAUUAACUUCUCCUUGAAGAACGUCAGCCAUCAGAAGCCUUUACUGAGUAAGAUGCACCAGACUGGAAGUGUUGAUGGUCUCUCGGUUGGGACCUUGGCUUCGCCUUCUAAUCCUUUAGAACACGGAUUAUGUCCGUCUCCACAUGAUCCACAUAUGCAUAGAAACUUCUGUUUCUCUAAGCCUAAGGACCUAAUAACUGCUGUCCAUGAAUUGUGACUAAAAUGCUGUUCAUUGAGCCAAAGAGAAGUGGCCUUUGUGGAAUAGUAUGCAUUUAUCCCCUUGUCAAGCCAAGUUCUUCUUUUUCUUACAGUGACAAUCCAUGGAUACAUACAUUCCUGUAAACAUAACAGGGUAGAUAUGCGCGUACAGAGUCUAGGAAGUCCAGUUAUUUCAUGGGACUGACCUGUCCUCAGCCUCUUGGGAGGUGCAGCUCUUCCCCUUCUCCUUCACUGGAGUCCUGUUCUCAGCUCACUUGCCCCAAACCCUGCUAUGACACCCCCAGGAACAAAAUGUCACUUACUCCUGUAGGUUCAUUCCUUAUUUAUCUAUUGAAUUAUUGGGAACUGCCUAAUACUAUGUAAGAGAUGAAACCCCCUGAGUUCAGCAAGUCAUGUUCCAAGCAGGAGUUAUUUUCACUAUUAGAAUACUUAUUACCUCAAGAUACCCUUUACAAGAAAUGCAGGAAUCAACUGUAAUUGAACAUCAAGUCUAGAUCACAGACUAUCUUGGUGGCAGUACUUUGAUGAUAUACCUCCUACCCAUCAGAAGCAGGCAGCUUAUCACUGUGAAUGGAUGUUUCUGUCAUCAUUAAGCAUAAAGACCAGGCUAUUGAGUAAGGCCAGUCCCCUUACUCACAGGGUUGACUUCUAAGUGGUGGUUGGUUUGUUUUGGAAGGCUUUACUGUGUACUACAGAAUAGCUUUGAUCUUCCUGUCUCAGCCACCUGAGUUCUGGGAUUAAUGGAGUGAGCCCAUGGCCAAUCAUGCUUUGUUUGUAACACCAGUGUUAGGUUUGUUGCAUUGGUCCUCAGCAUUGUAGAGCACGGAAGGUCAACUGUGUCUUUCCCCUUGUGCUAUGUGAAAAAAACAAAUUUCCCAGCUGUACUUUUACAGAUAACUGUUUAUACCAUAUACUCUCACAUGGAUCAUGUUUCAAACUGAGGCCUAAGAAGUGUCAACAGCUGUGGAGAAACACGUUAUAAAACAGUAAUGUAUUUAUCAAUGUCCUCUUUUAAAACAAUUGUUAGCACAUCAUUCCUUAGACUGUAUACUGAGUAUCUGUGACGGGGUGAAAGUGUUAGCCUAACAUCAGCUUUUGAUUUGAAAAGUCCAAAAUACAGGUUUUUCAUGUUUAGAUUUGUGUGUGCAAAGCAUGUUGUCUAAUUUUAUCGACUUGAACUUGUGCCUCCUUUAAGCAUUAAAGGUUUUCAGUUCUGUCA